ACCUUUAACAAUCGUCUCUACAAGACAACUAAAGGGAUUUCGACAACAUGAUUCAGCUUCUUGCUCUCGCGUGCAUGGUGGCUCUUGCCCAAGGCAACAGCCGGAUUAUCAACGGACAAUCGACGAACAUCGCUGCGCACCCGCACCAGAUUUCCUUGCAGAGAUAUUCCACCAGUGCGGGUGUAUGGUACCACACCUGUGGAGGGUCGCUGGUUAGCGAAUACUGGGUGGUCACUGCGGCCCACUGCGUAGAAGGAGCAUCUGCUUCCUCUCUGAAUGUUAUGUUGAAUAACGGUUACUUGGAUGACCCGGCAAGGCGUUACCAUGGUGUCAGCCAAGUUAUCAUGCACAACAAUUACAAUAAGGGCAGUGGUGCUUACCCAAAUGACAUCGCCCUGCUGAAACUGGCCACGCCUGCUGAUUUGACUGGGGCAAACCAGAUAAUAGAACUUGCCAACUCUAAUGAAAACUUUGACUAUGUGACUUGCAAAUUAAGCGGCUGGGGACACACGGAAACAGGGACCAGUAGCAACAAGGUCAUCCCGAACCAACUUCAGGAAACAAGCGGUGUUAUCUACAACCAAACACAGUGUGCAGCUGUCUGGACUAGAAAUUAUGAACACAACGCCCACAUCUGUAUCCACAAUGCCCUGACUGGAACGUGCCAGGGUGACAGUGGUGGCCCCAUGGUCUGCCCAAGAGCGGGAACCAAUGGUGUUCUGGCUGGAGUGACGUCGUGGGGUGUGUCUGGUUGUGGCACCUCCUUCCCAAGUGUGUACGCACGAGUGUCCACCUACAGGGCCUGGCUGGAUAAUACGAUGGCAAACAACUAAAUCUAACUGAAUGAACUGUCGGACAUGACCAAUUUAUGGUUUUGAAAAUCAUACUUUUGAAAUUGAUUAAUUACAAGUAGCAUCAUUCUUUUUAAUUUAAACAAAGAAACAAAUAAACAAAACCAUUUGCAGCAUA